AUGGCUGCCGCAGCAGUUCAGACUUACACUCCCGCGUCCUACGACCACCGCGCCGUUGAUGCUAUGACGGACGUCGACGUGGCCGCCCAGCGACUCCAGGAGCUCAAUGGUCUGGAUCACAUGAAGUCCUGCAUCAGAGACGUCUUCAUGAAGCACGGCGUCGAUAAGGUAUUCGGUGUUGGCCUCCUCCACCGCCACUACGACGUUGCCCCCAAUGAGAAGAUCAUCGAGCUUGGUCCGGUCUCCUCGCCCUGGGUUGUAGGCGACGACGAAGCCAUCACUGGCGGCUCAGUCCUCCCUCACACCUGGCGCGUCUUCGAUGGCGAGCUUAAGCCCACCGAGUUCAAGUUCGUGCCACAGCGUGAGCUCCCCAACGUCGAUCGGCCAGUGUUCCCAGCUGCCUUUGUUAAAGAGCUCAUCGGCGUGCUGCAGGAGACAGGCCUCGAUGAGGUUCUAGGUGUGAGCCUGUACGAAGCUGGUGACCCUGAUAACGAGACCAUGGAGGUGACGUACGGCCGCAGCAGCAUCGUCAUUCCUUCUACAGGUCUUAUCGGCUCCAAGGUCAUUGGCCCACAGGGCUUUGAUGCAUUUCAAGCGGCCUGGACUUUCAGCAAGAAGGAGGGCGAGGAUAUUGUUGCCCACCAUGGCAUCUGCGCCGCAAUGGGUGUUGACGAUGGUGUUACAGAGCGUCAUGGAAUCUGUGCGGCCAAAGCGGAGAGUGGCAUCGAAGCUCGACACGGGAUCUGUGCCGCAAAGGCUGCUGAUGACGGGAUCACCGCUCGCCAUGGUAUCUGCGCAGCCAAGAUGAACGAUGGUGUCAAAUCUCUACACGGCAUUUGCGCAGCAAAGGCCAGUGAAGGUGUAAACUCUCGUCAUGGCAUCUGUGCUGCUAGAUCUGCCGACGAUGGCUUGAAGGCCCAGCACGGAAUUUGCGCUGCAAAGGCUGCUGACGAUGGCCUCAAAGCUCAUCAUGGUAUCUGCGCUGUAAGGGCCACUGCUGACGGAGUUACCUCUCGUCACGGUAUCUGUGCUGCCAAAGCGGCUGAUGCCGGAAUUACAGCUCGUCACGGCAUCUGCGCGGCAAAAGCCGACGACGGUUUCACAGCUCGGCACGGUAUCUGUGCUGUCAAAGCUCCUGAAGAAGGCCUAGAGGCUCGUCACGGUAUUUGCGCCGCUAAGGCCGCUGACGAAGGAUUCAGGGCUCGUCAUGGCAUUUGCGCUGUGAAGGCUGCUGAGGGCAUCAAGACCUACCACGGUAUCUGUGCUGCCAGGUCUGCUGAAGAGGGUCUAAAGGCUCACCACGGUAUAUGCGCUGUCCGCACUGCGGAGGAUGGCAUCAAGGCUAAGCAUGGAAUUUGUGUCGCCAAGGUUGCCGAUGAGGGUAUGACAGCUCGCCAUGGUAUUUGCGCCGCACGUCUUGCUAAUGGGGAUGGAAUCAAGGUUUAG